GCAUCGGCUCUAUCACAUUCAUUCGGUUUAACCAAGUCUAUCUUUAUUUUAUUCACAAUGCAGUUCAAGUCAAUCCUCAUCCUUAGUGCGCUGCAAGCCGCCUUGAGCACCGCUACCGUAAACGGCAAGAAAGUAAACAAGCCAGUCGAGGGCUGGGCCAAGUGGGAGUCCAAAGGCAAUCUUACGGGCGUCGGGAUGGGUAGCUAUGGUGAAGCAGUUCUCGAGAACCGCUGCUCAUACGAUAUCUGGGCCUGGAGCGUGGACUCCGUAACUGGAAGUACCGAGGCCAUCCAAAUCCCUAAGAGGACUACUUACAGGGAGCCUGUGCGAAAAAUUACGCUCCCCGAUGGCAACUCGGCCGGGGUCUCUGUCAAGAUCAGUAACACGGAAAUGCUACAAGCAAAACAUCAUACGCAGUUCGAGUACACAAUCAAGAACGACCGACUGUGGUAUGACUUAUCCUUUGUGGACUGCGCUCUCGAUAAGUCGAGUGCAAACUGCCCCGGUGCUGAAAAGGGCCUAAAGAUGGAUUUCUCCGAGAAAAAGUGCAAAAUUCCAUACUGCCCUCCCGGCCAAUAUUGUCCCACUCAGUCGUACUUCGUCGAUACGCCGGUUCAAAAGCUUGGUAUCCCCGAGCCAACCUUCAACUGCGAUGAUGCGGGAACAUCCAUGAACAUCUACAUGCAUGUAUGCGCGGACGAGAAGCCCAUUAAGAGGAGCAUUGCUGGCCGUAUCACGAUGGACGAGGAGCAGAAGUGA